AUGCAUCUACUGGGCCCUCAUCCUGAGGUGACAGUUAAGGAGGAUAGGCUCAAUGCGCUCAUUAAAGCAGUUCGUAUAAAUGUUGAGCCUUUUUGGUCAGAUAUGUUUGCAAAGGCUCUGGCCAAUGUCAACUUCUGGAGCCUUAUGUGCAAUGUACAGGCUGGUGGACCCGCUCCAGCAGCUGGCCCUGCCCCAGCAGGAGGUCCCACCCACUCCACCAGUGCUGCCCCAGCUGAGGAGAAGAAAGUGGAAGCACAGAAAGAAGCAUCCUAG